UACUUCAAGAGAGACGCCGACGAACUCGAGUCGUGGAUCAAUGAGAAGCUGCAGACCGCGAGCGACGAGUCCUAUAGGGAUCCGACCAAUCUUCAGGCUAAGAUCCAGAAGCAUCAGGCUUUCGAGGCCGAAGUGGCCGCCCAUAGCAACGCUAUCGUGCACUUGGAUCAGAUCGGCUACGAGAUGAUCAAUCAGCAACACUUCGCCACCGAUGUUAUCAGACACCGUUUGGACGAAUUGCACCGACUCUGGGAACUACUGCUCUCUAAAUUGGCCGAUAAAGGUCUUAAGCUACAGCAGGCGCUCGUAUUGGUGCAGUUCCAGCGCCAGUGCGAUGAAGUGAUGUUUUGGAUUAAGGAUAAGGAACAGCUGGUGGCCACCGAUGAGAUCGGACAGGACUUAGAGCACGUGGAGCUCUUGCAGCGCAAGUUCGAUGAGUUCCAAAAGGAUAUGGCCUCACAGGAGAGCCGUAUUGUGGAUGUGAACGAACAGGCGGACCAACUGAUCCGCGAUCAACACCCGGAGCUCGAGCUGGUGGUGAAGCGCAAAGACGAGUUGAACGAGUCGUGGCAACGCCUUCGGCAGCUGACUCUCCUCAGACAGGAGAAGCUAUUCGGCGCCCACGAGAUCCAGCGUUUCAAUCGAGACGCCAACGAAACCAUCGCUUGGAUUACCGAAAAGGAUGUCGUCCUCUCCAGCGAUGAUUACGGCCGCGAUUUGGUCUCCGUUCAGACCCUUCAGAGAAAACAUGAGGGCAUUGAACGCGAUUUGGCCGCACUGUCGGACAAAGUGGACACUUUGGGACAGGAGGCCCACCGGUUGUGCGGUAUUCACGAAGACCUGGCCGACCAGACACGCGCUAAACACUCGGAGAUUGUGAGCACUUGGGAACAGUUGAAGUCCAAGGCUCUGGAUCGACGCCGCCGUCUGGACGAGUCGUAUCUAUUGCACCAGUUUUUGGCCGAUUUCCGGGAUCUUAUCUCUUGGGUUCACGACAUGAAAGCCAUUAUAUCGGCCGACGAGUUGGCCAAAGACGUGGCGGGCGCUGAGGCCUUACUGGAGAGACAUCAGGAACAUUGGGGCGAAAUCGACGCGCGCGCCGACAGCUUCCGCGUGAGCGGAGAGGCCGGUCAUCGACUUCUGGAGCAAAACAUCUCCAGAGACGAAGUGAACGAAAAACUGAUCCAAUUGUCGAACGAGAAGCAAUCGUUGACCGCUCUCUGGGAGGACAGACGUAUUCUAUACGAACAG